CUUAGCUCCUGAGAACAUCUCAGCACCUGAUCAGCUACCUGAGCAUCGCAAAGCAUCCUGUCCAGAGACGCUGGGACAGAACAGGCUCAGCACGGGGCAGCAAGCAGUCCCUGGAAAGGCAGCUGGUGCCCAGCGGGUUGCCCAGGGGUGCUAGCCCCAGGGACUGGCUUAGCUGUGCCUGCUCAGAAGCCUUAUUCUGUCAUUUUCAGAGUGGUUGGGCUCCUGCGCCACCCUGAUAGCUCCCAGAAGAGGGUGUGCAUGUCAGAAUGCUUGCUUAUUAAUUUGUAGGAUUUUGGGGACCGUUGUUACCCAGACUGGACGUCAUCUUGUCAUCUGUUCCCUGCAUCCGGGGCAAGCCUUUGGGGAGCCUUUGCUUAGCAAAGCCAGAGUCAGAGCAGGAAGGAGGGUGGGGCCCUGCUGUCUAGCAGUGCGGGCCACCUGUGUGGUCCACGCGCCAGUGGACAGCCACCUCUAAGGGGAACUGCUCAGGUCAGCCCUGGCCAGUGCCCAGGGCAGGGUUGUGUUAGCCUGCAGCUUUGCUCACUUUAUUCUUUUUGUUGUUGUUUUUGGUACCAGGGAUCAAACUCCAGACCUUGUGCUUGUAAGGCUGGCAGCAGAACCUCUGCGCUAAAUCCCUGGCCCACCCUUUAUUCUUGUAUAACUGGCAUUUCUCAUUGUAUUUACUUGUUUGUUCAGUGCUCUCUGAGCCUUAGCUCCUAGCUACACAGAUUUGCCUAAGUUCGAUGCAGCCUCAGAGUCAUGGAUACAGGCCCAAGGAGUAAAUGCUCUGCGCAAAUUAAGAGGCUGGUGCGGUAGCUGGGAGGGUCGGAAGAAAGCCAGGCACAGAGUGGUGAAGCGCAGCCCCCAGUCAGCGCUGAGCCCUGGGGACCUGAGUCAGGCAGCCUCCUUUCCCGGCCCUGCCCAUGACGUGGGGUGAAGCCAUCCCAGGGCAGUGUGCGCUGUGCCUCGGGUCCCCUUCCCUACCCGGCCAGCCCCUGGGGACUUGGUCUCUGUCCAGGCCUCUUGGGGCUCGUCUUUCCGUGCCCAGAUCCAGGGAGGUGUGGCCUGGGUGGGCAUACUGUGCAGGCCAGGGUCCUGCCUCUGCCGCACUGGGUGUUUUCAGUGGCCGGGCAAGCGCCUGGUCUAUUCCAAGCCUCGGGUUCUCAUCGGGAGAAGGGAGGAGCCACAGGGCUGGGGAUUGAGCUGGCUGAGGUGGAGAAAGCCCUGAGCUGAACCGAUGCCCGACCAGCACGAAGGGCGGUGAGCAUCUGCACUCUCUGCCAAGCUGGCUGUCCUGCCAGGCCACUACUUUGACCUCAGUGCCUGAAUGGAGGACGACGUCCUUGGGGUCCCCCGAGCAGCCAGUUCCACACUGAGGACAAAGCUGCUUGUCCUGUCCUUUUGAUGUGUUCUGGUUGGUUCAAAUCAUGGCCUGUCCCAAGGAUCCAAAGAGGAGGCAGAAUAAAGAGGCCUUCUGGAGAUCAGGGGCCCUCCAUAAUGCCCAGCAGGCCUCGGGAACCUAGGACAGUUGGGACCCUGGUGGAUUCCCCUGCAUCCCUGAGGCCACCCAGGAAGCACUUCUCAGUGACAUCGCUGUUGCCCAGGCAACGCCUCCAUCUUAAGCAACAUGGAGGAGGCUGACCAACCCCAACUGUAAGGAAGACACAGGCAUUCAACAGAAUUCACUGGAGGUAGAAGACCAUGUUUGAUUUGGGAUUAUUUUGAUUUCGUGUGAUGGAAAAACAGCUGAACAGGACUUAAAGGAAAAUGAUUUCUUCAUGGACUCAUAAGGCUGCAAAAGCCCAGAAAUAAAGGCUCCCUGCACAGUGGGGCCCAAGGGUCUGUGUCCUGCAGUUGUCUUCCUCAGGCAGCCCCCGCCCCAGCGGUGGGGAGUUGGCACUGCAGGUGUGAUCCCCGCCCGGCAGCCCUUGAGGCAGGGAAGGCCAUGGCCCUGCCACUCUUCCGGGUGUGUCUGGUGGUGGUGACGGCCAUCGUCAACCACCCACUGCUGUUCCCGCGGGAGAACACCACUGUCCCCGAGAGCGAGGAGGAGAUCAUGCGCAAGAUGCGGGCCCACCAGGAGAAGCUGCAGCUGGAGCAGCUGCGCCUGGAGGAGGAGGUGGCCCGGCUGGCUGCUGAGAAGGAGGCCCUGGAGCAGGCAGCCGAGAAGGAUCGGCAGCAGCACGAGACCCACGCUGCCUGGGACCUAUGGAGCACGCUGUGCAUGAUCCUCUUCCUCAUCAUCGAGGUGUGGCGGCAGGACCACCAGGACGCGCCCCCGCCCGACAGCCUGGGCAGCGAGGAGGAUGAGCUGCCUGCGCUGGGAGGGGCCCCACUGCGGGACCUCUCACUGCCCAGCAAGGCCGAGCUCGGGCACUUCUACGACCGCUGCAUCCGGGCAGCCACAGCUGACGCCGCCCGUACCAGGGAGUUCGUGGAAGGCUUCGUGGAUGACCUGCUGGGAGCCCUGAGGAGCCUCUGCGGCCGGGACGUGGACAUGGAGGUGGAGGACUUCGUCGGCGUGGACAGCAUGUACGAGGGCUGGCAGGCAGAUCGGCCUCUGCGGUGCCACCUGUUUGUGCCCUUCACACCCCCCAAGCCCUACCGUUUCCACCCCGAACUCUGGUGCUGCAGCCACCCCGUGCCCCUGGAUCGCCAGGGCUACGGGCAGAUCAAGGUGGGCCAGGUAGGGCACACCCUCGGCUGUAUCUGCAGUAAGACCCCGCUCGGGGAAGACAUGCUGUGCCUCCUCCACGGCCGGAGUGCCAGGGCGCCACCCAGCUGCGAGAUGCCGGACCUGCUGUGUGCCCAGGAGGCCCCGUACCUGGACACCGUACAGGUCAUGAAGUGGUUCCAGAUGGCCCUCACCAGAGCCUGGCGCCCGAUUGCCCACAAGUACGAGUUUGACCUGGCCUUCGGAGAGCUGGCCUCCCCAGGGUCCCUCAGGAUCCGGUUCCGCUCGGGGAAGUGCGUGCCCUUCCAUCUGACACCCGUGGUGCAGUGUGAAGACUCCGACCUGUACCUGGUACCCCCACUCUGCAGGGAGCCCUCUGGGGGUGGCCCGGCCUCCAGCACCGACUGGCUCCUGUCCUUUGCUGUCUGUGAGCGGCAUUUCCUCAGGAUGAUGUCCAAGGCGCUGCCCGAGGGCGCCUGCCACCUCAGCUGCUUGCAGGUAGCCUCCUUCCUGCUCUCCAAGCAGCGCCGCCUGACGGGCCCCAGCGGGCUGGGCCGCUACCACCUGAAGACCACCCUGCUGCACCUCCUGCUCCUGCGGCGGGCUGCCGACUGGAAGGCCGAGCAGCUGGACGUACGCCUGCAUGAACUGCUCCACUUCCUGGAGAAGAGCCUGCUUGACAAGAAGCUCCAUCACUUCUUCGUGGGCAACCGCAGGGUGCCCGAGGCCAUGGGACUUCCGGAGGCGGUGCUCAGGGCGGAGCCACUCAACCUCUUCCGGCCCUUUGUCCUGCAGCGCGGCCUCUACCAGAAGACCCUGGACUCCUUCUACGAGAUGCUUAGGAAUGCCCCGACGCUCAUCAGAGAGUACUCCCUCCACGUGCCCUCUGACCACGCCGGCCUGCCCCCCAAAACUGUGGCCUUGUAGAGCAUGUGGGAUCUGGGCCCAGGAGGGAGGGCAGGUGUCCCACACGUGCCCCUCUGGGGCCUGCAGCCUGCAGCGGUGGAACCACGCCUGACGAUGGCUUGCUUCCCUGAUGGCCCUACAGGGGAAGCUGGGGAACUUCAAGGAGUGGUGCUUCACAGAGUGCUUUUGGGUCACACACAGCCUCGACAGUGACAGCUCUCUGCGGAUGCUGGGCCGGAGAGAAUGGAAGCGCUGAUUUGCAUCCCAGGUCCAAUCUGUGCCUCCCAUCAACAUCAGAUCUCCACAGAUGCUGCUGCAGGGGACCCAGUGUGAAGACCCAGCAGCCUAUUCCCAGGCGGCCUUGGCCCCAGCUGUUGGUAGCCAAAGCACAAAUAGUGGCAGCCGUGGGAUUCACAACUCGUGAGCACCUGGUGCACAGCAGUAGGGGUUGCAUGGGGGUCGCUACUUCUUACACGGUUAGGAGACGUGACCCGGUCGUCGCAGCCCUGAGUGGCUCAUGGGUGCUUGUGGGUAGAGAGCAAAGCUGGCCACUCUUCUCACUCAGGUGCCCCCUUCCCUCCUGCCCCUUCGUUACUGUGCUCACCCAGGUAUCCUAGGUGCCAUUUACGUGCCUGCCAGCUCAGUAGCCCCUUGUUUCUCUGUUCUCUCAACAGCUGGUCUCUGGCCAUUAGCAUGGUAGGGGAGGGCAUGGGCAGAUGGUGGACGCUGACCUAAGGAAGGAGGCGUGGUAACUGGGCAGGGGGUAGUGCCUGGGUCCCAGGCCCAGCUGGCAGUCCAGCCCAGUUCAGAGACAGCUGCAAAGCCCAGGCCUAAGGACCUACUGCCGUAUCUGCAUUGUCCUCAGGGUCCUGUGCUAGGGCAGGGUGGGCUUGGAAGCUGCCGUGGAAACCAGCUCAGUCCACUGGCCUAAGCCAUUGCCCCCAUUCCUCAUGCUCAGGGACCUGCUUACCACACAGCCCUUGCCUGCCUGGGCUGGACCUGAAGAUUCCAGCGGGGGCUGGAGACCCUCAGCAGGCCCAGAACCUGUGGCUUCAUCUCCAGGCCUCCUCCCCCUUGGGGAGCCCGCUAGGGUUUCCUCUUGCACAGGGCGGGAGGAAGGGAUGAGGCCAUGCCUAUGUUAAGCCCGCCAUGUGCCCCAGCAGCAUAUCCAGCUGAGCCGAAGAGGGCCUGCUCCCCUACUCUGGGCACGCUCUCGCCUGGCAUUUAGAAAGCUCCAGAAGGUGGGCUGUCCACCCAGGGUUAGGGGGAGGCUCGGCUGCAGACGGUGACAGGUCCUAUGCCCCUCCCAAGCUCCCUGCCCUCUGGUCCACUUCCCGAUGCAGGGCACUUUCUUAUUUAUUGAGCCCCCCAUGCCCUGAGGCCAGGCCUGGGUCUCCCUAGGUGUCCCCUUUGCUUCCAAGAGGACAUUCGCUGGCACAUAACUGCAUUCCUGAUUAGACAGCUCCACGAGGGCCAGGCUGUGAGGCCCGAAGCUGCAUCUGGAGCAGAAAGCAACAUGGCUGUCAGUGUUCCAUGCUGCCUUAUUUAUAUUAAAGGAAGAAUUGAAUUCUCAAAAAGAGUAGAGAUGGGCGUGCUGUUUGUUUUUACCUUGAGGAAAUCUGUGAAGCUCCUAGGGCAGAGCUGGGGACAGGGCUGGGUGGAUUUCCUAUUGACAAGUGGAAGCUUUCACUCCCUUUUUAUUCUGACACUUUGAGGAAACUUUAAAAAGUAACACAGUGAAGCAUUUCUGUCUGGGUAGCUGUGCAAUGCCUGCAGAGCUCCAGCAGGGUGGAUCUGCACAGACCUGGCUUGGCCAGGGAAGCAGCAGGAUGCUUUCUGUCUGAAUUUGAAAGAGACCAGUGCUGUGACAGGCAACCCUGGCCCUGUCAGCCCUUGGGCCUUUCCCGAAGGACGCUAUCUCCCCUUCCUUGGAGGACUCGUGUUCUCCCCAGCCUGUUUUCCCCAUGCCGGCAUCCACCCCCUCGCCCUGUAGAAGGCUCUGGGGCUGUGUUCACUGCGCCCCUGACAAGGGGAGCUCCAGAGGGCCCUCAGCCAAGAGGUUACUGUGGCUGGAGGGUGGGGGGCGCUGCAGCUUCAGAAGCUCCAGGCCCUGCGUUAGCCAGCUUUUCCUGACCGACAAAUACCCACAGCAGGCUGCUGAAGAAGAAAGGAGGUUUAGCUCAGUCUUGGAGACUCAGAGUUCCAGACAGGAGCCUGUUCGCUGAGCUUCUGGUGAGAGAGGUGGAUAGUUGCAUCCUGUGAGGAGCUAGUGUAGGAGCAAGGCCCAUCGUGAGCCAGGGAGUGGAGCUGGGGGGCUGGGCCGAGAUUCUAUGGCAUCCCUCUUGUGUGAACUAACCAGUCUCGUGGGAAACGCCUGAUUCUUUACGAUGCACUGGGCCCGCCUAGUACAGGUUCACCCUCCUCCCAAAGCCACUACUCGAGGACCCAGAUCUCCGGGGAACACACAACAGUCUCCCCAGAGCUCCUCCUUCGUGCCACGCUGAGGCACCAGGACGAGAACCUGGAGCCAGCUAGCAGCGGUGGCUCGUUCUCACCAGUGUUCAGGCCACCUGGAGAGCUUGCUGGCAUUCCCAGGUGCUGCCUUCGACCUACGUGUGCUCAGAAUCCAGACUAGAGUGGCCAGGGAGGGCUCUGUUUUUAAGGCCUUCCCUAGUGGCUGGCAGCACCCCUGUUGAAGGAAGAAAGACUCCCACUUCCUUUCCACAUGGAAAUUUCAAGAAAACCCAGUGGUCUGCUUUUCCUACAGGACUAUUGGGAGCUAGCUAGCCCUGGGAGAGGCCGAAGGAGCCUGCAGGAUUGUGUAGUCCAUCAGCUCGGCCCCAGCCUCAGCUCAGCCACACUGCCGCCAGGGACGAGCGCACAGCAGACUGGGAGCAUGGACUUCUAGCAGGUCCUUCACAGUUCGCAGGCAUCUGUGGGAGACCCAUGUGCAAGGGGCAUCUAGAAGACAAAGCUAAACCGGCUGAGACCGAGACCAGGUGACCUUCCAACACUCACCUGAGAAGAGCACCAUAAGAAAGACCAAAACAUUGCCAGUGGGUCCCACAUGACCAGGAGAACCCUUUCUCCACGUGACCCCAUGGUACCCAUCACUGCAGGCUCCUGGCCAUGCCGGGCAACUUGCCAUCUAGGAAUUGGGUCCAGGACCUAUACUGCAACAGCUGCCCAGGUAAUCCUGGAAGUCCAAGAGCCACAGGUUCCAGAGGCAAUAAGGGAAGGCCCGGCAGCAGGGGCCGCUGCCUAACAGCACUGCGGCCAGAAUCGAGGGGCAUGGGAGCAGCAGAGGUCGGGCCCUGUGCUUGGCUCUCACUGGGUCACUCCCAGCUGCUGGCUCCAAGUUCGUGCCUGGACUUAGGUGGGUGCCUUUGUCUUCUCUGCUUCCUGCAUGAGGAAAGGGACCCUGAGAGUUCAGUGACUUGUCUGAGAUCACACCGGUGUGAGGAGUGGUCAGGAUUCCAGCCAGGCAGUGCCACCAGGGUGUGAUCAACAUACAGAACAAUUUUUUUAAAAAUCUAUUAGCAGUGAAAGAUACUGCCAUUAAUUGCCCUCAGAAUAUCCCCCGGCUCCCCACCCCUGUGCUUCACACACACAGACCCCAUCGCUCCUGCUGCUGUAAAGUGUUCUGAAGACCUCAAGCGCCUUCCACUGUGAUCACAAGUACAGUGCAUGCUGGGUGCCUUGCAGCAGAGGCGGGCCCGGUGCCUACAUGGCUCCCUGGCCUGGCACUGUGCAACUUCCGGCUCCCCCUGAAAUCAAAAUGAGCGUGAGAGCAAAUGUUCUCAAUCUGUUUUUGGCACUGUGGUACAGCCCUGGCAGCACAAUUGAAGAUGCAGAAGAGGACUCAGAUCCGCUUCAGAGUGGCGAGUGUGUUUGAAGCAAGGGGGGUGCUUGCGGGGGAUUCGUUAUAAUGUCUUUUGCCUUAAUAUUUUUCAGUUAAAACAUUCACUAGAUUUUUCCUAAUCAUGCCUCAUAAGUUGAGAUAUACAAAGAAAUCGUGGAAAAUAAGGUUGAAAAGGUAAAAUGGGGCUGAACCACAGAACUCCUGGGAUUCGAAUCUAAAGCCAGCUUGGACUCCUACAACAAACACUUGGUGAGCCCGUGGCAGUUGCUGAGUGAGAUAGAAUUUGAUUCACCCCAAGCCAAGCUGCGCCGUGGGUCCUUGAGGACAUGGUCAGUGCUGCAGGGAAGUGGGCAUCUCCAGAGCAGGGCUGUGGCAAGGGAGUCCGUGAGUGUCCAGGAAAUUGUCGCUCCAGCCUCCAGGGCUGGGACAGUCUCCUGCCCACCUAGUCUCUGCCUGUGGGACAGCACUGGGAGGCCGGUGCACCCUCCUCUGAUGCCCCCUUGGCCCUGCCCGCCCCAUGGAUGAGGGAUGAGGGCAUCAUGGGGUUAAGGUUUUGCGUCACCAGCUAAAGAUCACGUGUUCUUUGGUCUAGUUUCUCGUUUUAAAAGAUAAAAGCAGCCGGGAAUUUAGCUCAGCGGUUUGGUGGCCUGCCUUG